CGCCGUCAUCUGGUCGGCUAUUCCCUCUGGAAUAAGAUGCGGCAGGACGCUGAAACCAAAGCUUUCACCCAUUUUCUGCCCCGUCGGUGAGCGUUAUGGUUCCGGCAGCGAGCCUUCUUUCGACUGGUCCCGAACGCAAGAAAAGAAAAUCUCCCGUCGAAUCACAACACCGCUUAUAGCGAUAAGCCUUGCCGCCGCAACGCCAUAAACGAUGCCGCCGAAGAGAGACGGGCCGGGCGAGACGUCAUCGGCGCACUCGUCGUCGCACUCGCGCUCCCGCAAUUCCUCUAUUACUAGCGGGAGGCAUAAUGCUCACUUACCCACCAUCCCGAGCCAGCUGAGGGAAGUCUAUGUGCCCUCCGAAGGGUCUAGUUCACCCGACGAUAGGAUGCAUAGUAGGCCGUUCCGCGACGACGAGCCACACGCGUCAAGUAGCUCCCCGCCGCACGAUCUCGAGUUCUCCACCGACGGUAUCCAGCCCGCCCCUGAUCGCGCCUCUGCGCAUUCGAACGACGAAAACGCACCACCCCAAGUCGGCGCCGGCAUACUAGAAAUUGAUCUCGAGCCCACGGUUCGCUCACGGCUCCUGAACCACAAGAAUUGGGAUGCAGCAUCUGGCUGCGGAAGUGAGGGCUGCAAUCAUGGCGCCCUGUCUCCGCGACCCUGGUCGCAUAGGAGCUAUGGCAGCAUGAGCUCAGAGAACGGCUUUGGCGGUCGAUAUCCGAAUAGCGUGGAUCCUCAGACGGGGGAACCUGCUGAUGCAACGCAUGCUUUGCUAGGGGACACUGUCGCUGACGGUCUGCUUGGAGGCGGCAAAGGGCAGAAGAUGAGCACGACAAAGUACCUUGCCCGAAAGCAUGGGGUAAAGCAUCCCAGGAUCAUGUAUCUUGCGUACUACAUCCCCAUCAUAAAUUGGGUGCAGCAGUACGAAUGGCGCUAUCUUAAAGGCGAUUUCGUCGCGGCCUUGACCAUGGCCUCUUUCUAUAUCCCUAUGGCUCUUUCGUAUGCCUCGAACCUCGCUCACGUCCCUCCGGUACAUGGACUUUAUAGCUUCGCCAUAAACCCUCUGAUUUACGGCAUACUUGGGUCGUGUCCCCAGAUGGUUGUGGGCCCUGAGGCGCCUGGCUCGCUCCUCACUGGCGAAGUUGUUCGCGAGAACAUCAAGAAAGGAGCAAGCGGGGAUACGGACGGCAGGCGGAACGCUGAAAUUGCUGGCAUAGUAACCUGCCUUGCAGGCGCCUUCAUAUUCCUAGCUGGGACAUUCCGACUUGGGUUCUUGGACAAUGUCCUUAGUCGGCCGUUUCUACGAGGAUUCAUCAGCGCUAUCGGUGUCGUCAUAUUCGUUGACCAGCUCAUCCCAGAAAUGGGAUUGGCAAAGCUUGCAGCAGACCAGGUGUCUCACGGAAGCUGUCUUGACAAACUCAUCUUCCUCUUUCGAAACGUUCAUAAUGCCCACGGCCUUACCUGCGCGAUCUCGUUCAGCGCUUUUGGCAUCAUUAUGUUUUUCAGGGAAUUCAAGAAAAGACUCCAGUCCCGCUAUCCCUCAGUUGCCUACAUACCGGACCGUUUUGUGGUAGUAGUUCUAUCAGCAGUCAUUGUUUCGCAAUUUCGGUUGGACGAAAGAGGCGUUGGCAUUCUGGGAGAAGUCAAAUCAAGCGGCAGAAUUUUCUCCGUUCACUUCCCUUUCGAAACAUCACAUCUUAAAUACGCAUCCGAUGCUAUCAACACGGCCCUCAUCAUCGCUCUGCUCGGCUUCUUUGAAUCCUCGGUGGCAGCGAAAUCGCUCGGCAGCGGCGACAAAACCAAAGACGGCGUCAAGAUGCCCUUGAGUGCAAACCGUGAGCUCAUAGCUCUCGGGACAGCAAACAUCACCGGCGGUCUUUUCAUGGCGCUCCCUGCCUUUGGCGGAUAUGGGCGCUCGAAAGUCAAUGCCUCCACGGGCGGAAUGACACCCGUGAGCUCUAUCAUGCUCUCGAUCAUCACAAUCCUCUGCACCUGCUUCCUCCUUCCAUAUUUCUACUACCUACCCAAGGGCGUCCUCUGCUCGAUGAUAUCCGUCGUCGCCUAUUCCCUCGUCGAAGAAGCGCCGCACGACAUCAAAUUCUUCUGGCGGAUCCGUGGAUGGUCGGAGCUUAUCCUCAUGGGUGUUAUCUUCAUCGUCACCAUCUUCUGGGAUCUGAAGCGCGGGAUUGGUGUCGGUAUUGGACUCUCAAUCCUCCGCUUGAUUCGUCACUCUACUCGUCCGCGCAUUCAGAUUCUCGGACGCGUACCAGGCACCACAGACAAAUUCACGAAUGCUGAGCUCGAUCCGGACAGCGUGGAAUUCAUUGAGGGCUGCCUUAUUGUUAAGAUCCCGGAGCCGCUUACCUUUGCAAACACGGGCAGUCUGAAGAACAGACUGAAGAGGCUAGAAGACCACGGGACGAGUGCCGCACACCCUGCUCUUCCUAGAGUCCGCCACGAAGAGCAUAACAAGAACAUCAUUUUCGACGUCCACGGCGUCACAACCCUUGAUGGCGCGGGGACCCAGAUCCUUUGCGAGAUCGUCGAAUCGUACGUCAAGCGGGACGUCAAGGUCUUCUUCUGCAGGGUGCCGCAUGAAAGAUCGCCUGUUUGGCAUCUCUUUGAGUUGAGCGGUAUUGUUGAUAUGUGUGGUGGCAGAGGCCAUUUUGUGAACAGUGUGGAGGAGGCAUUACGGUUGACAGAGUUGGAGAGGAUGGAAGAAGAGUUUGGUAGCGACGCUGAGAGUUCGAGGGUCGCAUCUAGAGCUGCUUAGGCAGCAUUGUCUUGGGUUGAUGUAGCGUGCAUUUGGAUUAGAGUUAUGCAUGGCAUAUAGAGCAAAAGGUCGGAUCAUGUACUGGCAUGUAGAAGAAUUCGCAUAGCAUUCGACAUACC